AUGGGGGCGGCGACAGAGGCGUCUUCACGUCCAGUUUUUGGCGAACUCGACAGCAACAUCACGCACUCCGGUCCGGCCAAAGACGCGAACGAAAAGGUGUCAACCGCCCAGAGUAACGUUAUAACACUCGCCCCAGCGACGCGACCGUUUUCUUUACUGCCCAGAGGCAAAAAGCGCAAAGCCGAAGAAGAUCCGCUCUCAUUUCUUGACAUCAGCGAUGAGGACCCACGACUCGCCCGCGUCACAGAUGACUGCAAUGCCCUACGCCGGAAAGUCUGGGACUUCCUCGAAGCCGAGUCCAAGCCUGUCUCUUAUAUGUCAAUUCUUCUGAGAGUGCGAUACAGCGCACUCCAACGCUUCUUGUCGCAGUGGGGCUCGAACGAGGGGCUCUUCAACCGCGUGCGCGAGAAAGCUUUCCGCUUCUUCAAGAAGCGCGAACUAGCCGGUUCCCCGAUGCCCAUCAAUAGUGUCGACAAGGAUAAGGAAGCAGCGCUGCUGGAUGUCAGCGGCGUCGAAAUUGCGAAGGGGUUUAGGAGGAAGAUCGAAGUUUACGACACAUGUGACGAUGUCCGCUCAAAGCUCAUCUCCUACUUGACGAAGCCCCACGUCAGCCGCGAAGGCCUUAUACAGAGCCUGAAUGAGCAUGGAUGCCUCCCGGGAAAGGAGAGGGUUACACUGGAAACAUUCAUCCGAUUCCUCUGCAAACACGGGCCGACCGAGGGCAAUAGGAGUGCCGUCUUCUACGCUGGUUACGUAUUCUUCGAGAAGAUGCGCAUCCGCGACGGUAAAGAGAAAAGCAGAUUUCGGUUGAAGAUGGAAGAGGCAUGGCCCAGAGGGGUUGACCUGAAUAUGAAGGGCUUCAGGAACGAGAGACACUACGAUCAUGACUUGCCAGAGAUCGGCCAGGAUGAGUUCGGCCGAGUCACGACUUACUGGCGGUUUGGCGGCGGCAUCAUGACAGCGGAGAAUAUCGAUGGUAUAAGAGUGACGGGCAGGAUAGCGGACGACGAAGAGUUUUGUUGGGAGAGCGGUGAUGAUGAUUAUCCGCUAUAUCGCAAGACGAUGGACUGGAAGGAGGCCGACGAGAGGGCUGGUCAGUGGCUUGAUUACGGGAACGAGAUUGACUGGAUGCUUUCGCGCAACAUACGCGAAGCAGAAGCAGGAGCAGGAGAAGAAUGCAGUGAUGACGGCGACUCGGUGGACGAUGGCCAGACAGAGAAGGAUGCUACAGAGAGCCCCGCUGAGCUAGGUACUCAGUAA